GAGUGGAUUUUACCCCUGGAUUUUGUGUUUCUACCUAAGUGAAACAGAGAAGCGCUGGACAAAAGUGUGGAGAGGAUUAUCCAGAGGCAGGUGAUGAUAUGGAAACAUUGAUCUGGUCAGUCCUCUAAAUCACCUCCACAGUGUUUUUUACUUUUGAAUAUGGGGCCACUACAUGAGCCAGGAUGGCAGAAAAGGAGCCGAACCAAAAGUUGUGGGGAAUAUCAUCUCUCCAAUAAAUCCUUCUCUCAGCGCAGACAAUCUGCUCCCUCAGUUAUCCUCAGCAAAGCUCUUUCAAAGUCCAAACCUGUCUCCAGAGAUUGUGUAUCUCAGGUUAGUCAGGACAUUUGGGCCCUGAUUCAGUCUCUUCUGAGUCCGACCAGAAAGCUGAUUUGCCAAGCAAAUGCGCUUCUGCAGACAGGUCUUCAGACCCAGGAGAGAUACCUCAUCCUCUUCACAGAUCUGCUCAUCAUCACCAAGGCCAAGUCAGUGCUGCAGGUGAAGCAGAAGGCAUGUGUGCGGGUCAGUGAGAUGUGGACGGCCAGUUGUGUGGAUGAGGUUUGUGAGGCCAGUCCUGCUUCAGACAGGAGCUUCGUCAUGGGCUGGCCCACCACAAACUGUGUGGCCACUUUUAGCACUUCAGAAGAGAAAGACAGGUGGCUGUCUCUCAUUGAAAGUUGUAUAAAGGAAGAGAAAAAGUGUGAUGAGCCGAAGAUGAUUCCGCUCAAGAUAUUUGCAAAGGAUGUUGGAAAUUGUGCCUAUGCCAAGACUCUUUUUGUCAGCAACACAGAUUGCACAUCUGAUGUCAUUAGCACAGCACUGCAACAGUUUGGUCUUUCGGGUGGAGUAACAGAUUAUAAAUUGUGGGUGUGUUCAAAACAAGACGAAACUCCAUACCCGUUAAUUGGUCACGAGUUUCCGUACAGUAUCAAGAUGAGCCACAUUCGCCUGCUGCAGCGAGAUGCAGUGACGUCAACCUACAGUCAGAUGGCGCUGAUGCCCAUAGAUGCUUACUGUCAGUUCUUCCUGAAGCACAGCCAGAUUAGCUGCACACUCUCUGAUCAGAAGAACAGGAGGAGGAGGAUGUCUCUGCUCAGCUGGGCGUUUAAACGAGGCUCCAGCACUGAACGGUCUGUCCAAUCAGAAUAUCCUGCUUAUACCAUUACAUCUGCUACUGGACGGCUGUUUGGGCGACCGCUCACUGAUUUGAUCAAGGACAAUACCUUGCCAUCACCCAUUGUGGACAUGCUGAGGUGUUUGUGCAACGAGGGCGUCGUGACUCGAGGAAUAUUUCGGCGUUCUGCUGGAGUGAAGGCCUGCCGAGAACUGAGGGAAAAACUGGACUCUGGCCACUACGAGGAACCGCUGACUGGAGAAUCUGUACUUGUUACUGCUGCAGUGUUUAAGGAAUUCGUACGCAAUAUACCUGGCAGUCUGUUGUGUGAGGAGCUUUAUGAGCAAUGGAUCCAAGCAGUGGAGCAAAAAGAAGAAAGAGAUGAACACUUGAUGGAGAGAAACCUGCAAGAAGUCCAGAGGCUUGUUCAGCUAUUGCCUAAAGAGAAUCUCCUACUUCUGAGGCACAUUAUAGCAAUGCUUCAUCACAUACAACUCAAUGUGGAGAUGAACCAGAUGAACUCAUUCAACCUAGCUGUAUGUAUAGCGCCGAGCUUUCUGUGGAGUACCAAACUACAGACUCAGGAGAACCAUGCCAGAAUGGUGUGUGACCUUGUGCAUGUCUUGAUUGACAACUGCUGUGAGCUGUUUGGGGAUGGAAUUAUAACCCUCUUAAAGGAUUUGACUGAAGACAACAGAAGCAACCGCGGAUCAGUUGGCUCCCUGCACCAGAUGUCAGACUCAGGUUAUGAGAGUCUAAAGAAUGAAGUAAACACAGACACAGAGGACAUUUCUAAGACCAGACCUCUUAAAGACAGUCGUAGUAUGGACUCUCUCAUGUCUCUGAGUGACUGCGACCUCGACUGUCCAGAAAACAAGAUGUCUUCCAACCCACUAACGCGAAUCAGAAACUUCACCCCCGCCGUGCGCCAGCCUCGCUCCCUCACAUUACAAAGACACUCCAUGCCUGCCAUUGCUUUGACUACUCAUGAGCAGAAAACAGCCUCAGAGAGAGCAGCAGACCCAAAAAGAGAGUUCCAGAGACCCGACGAGGCCACCAGUAAUGUUAUUUUGGAAACCAGCUUUGAACAGCUAAAUUUCCUGAGGGAAAAACAAUCUCCACCCACCUCCAAUGUAACUUCACCAGCACUCUCAUCUGUGAGCUCAAUGGAAUGUGCUUUUUCUCCUUUGAACUCUCCAGCCAAGGUGCAAUCUGAUUGGCUCAUUCCAAAUGGUGCAGAUUACCAAAAAACAAUCAGCUUGCAGAGUGAAAAACCGCAUCCUGCAAAUCACCAAGUGAACAAAUCUGGAAAUUUACUGUCUAAAUUGACCAAAAAUCCUCCUUCUUAUGAACAAGCCUUGCAGCAGGUAAAUCGAAAGGCAAUUUUACAGACUCAGUCACCACAAAACGGGAAAGGCCUUUUCUACAAGGGACCUGUGAGCACUUUAGGAGACUGCCAGGUGUCUCCUGCUCCCAUCAGGUUCACCUGCCAAACCAAUACAGAAGAGGAAAGCAAACUGCCACAGAGUGUGUUUUAUGGCCAGAGUUGUAAAUUGACGAUGCACAGGGAACAGAAUGUAGAUUUGAAGUCUAGCAAACUCUCUGAGCAGCAGCUGAGGUCUAAAGCACUGGAUUUACAUCCUUCCUCUGGGAAAAUAGUUGGGGAUUUCUUUAUGGAUGCUUCCCCUAUCGCGGAGAAGCUGACAGAGAAGCAGGUAAUCAGGAAAGGACGCAGACUCAGCUGUUGCAGCAGCAGCCAGUGGGUUGUAUGAAGCCAACGGACAAUAAUGUUUAUAAACAUCACAUACACACUGGUAUUAAAGGCAAUAAUGUGCCAUUUUAAGCUUCUAGUGUACAUAGAUUUUUUGCACAAACUUUAUGCAUGCACAGCUCGAUUUUCUAAUACGGAAGGCAGUAACGGUAAAAACAAAUAUGGAAUAUGGAAGGCAGUAUGGGUCAAAAAGAAAUAUGAAAUUUAACCAUGUCAAGAGUGCACUGGGAUGAUUUUGAAUGUGUGUUUUUAGUUCAUGCAGACACACAGUUUGACCAUGUUGGGGGUGGCAAUUUUUGUUGAAGUCACGAAUACAUACAUACAUACAAGUCAGUAUACCUAUACAACAUCCUUCACAAAUUAACACAACGUCUGACGUUUGUAUGCAUGAAUUCAAAUGGAUCUCUUCACAUUAUUCAGGGUUCAUAAAAGGUAGAGAAAGUAAAGAAGAUUUAAGGAAUAAAGUAAAGGAUAUAUUAAAUGUGUUCAUUAAAUGUAGGGGCUAACCAUAUGAGUUUUAUUCAGAAAUAUGCCUUUUUUUCAUGUA